UUCCGUGGAGGCGACUUUGAGAGCCGUCCCUGUUCUUUGCGUGCUUCCUGCUGUCUGUCAGGUGGAGGGUCACGGUAGAAGCAUUUUUGGUUUCCGCGUGGAUUUUUCUACAAAUAAACAAGAAACAACAUGCUCAGGACAGUUUGUCGGGCUGGUGGAGCCCUUUUAAAGCACUCCAGGCGGGGGGUGCCAGUGGAGUGGAUGGCCCCAGCCCAGCAGCGAUGGGUAUCCAGCAAUCCCAUGAACACCAUGAUCCUGUUUGUCCCACAACAAGAGGCCUGGGUGGUGGAGAGGAUGGGGAGGUUUCACAGGAUACUGGAGCCUGGUUUAAAUGUCCUUAUUCCAGUGUUGGAUAAAAUCCGGUAUGUGCAGAGCCUUAAGGAAAUUGUAAUUGAUGUUCCAGAGCAGUCUGCAGUAUCCCUAGAUAACGUGACACUACAAAUAGAUGGAGUGCUGUAUUUACGAAUAAUGGACCCUUUUAAGGCUAGCUACGGUGUUGAAGACCCAGAAUAUGCUGUGACACAGCUGGCUCAAACCAACAUGCGCUCAGAGCUCGGAAAGCUAACCCUUGAUAAAGUUUUUCGGGAAAGAGAGUGCCUGAACGCCAACAUCGUAACCUCAAUAAACCAGGCGGCAUAUGAGUGGGGGAUCCGGUGCCUGAGAUACGAGAUCAAAGACAUCCAUGUCCCUCCCAGGGUCAAAGAGUCCAUGCAUAUGCAAGUGGAGGCAGAGAGGAAGAAGCGAGCCACAGUGUUGGAGUCCGAAGGAUCCAGAGAAGCUGCCAUCAACGUAGCCGAGGGGCAGAAACAAUCCCAGAUCCUGGCUUCUGAGGGACAGAAGGCUGAGCAGAUCAACAGGGCUGCUGGUGAGGCCAGCGCUGUUUUAGCAAAAGCAGAAGCAAAAGCAAAAGCUAUCAAGUUGCUGUCGGACGCCCUUACACGACAGAAUGGGAACGCUGCAGCCUCUCUCAGCAUAGCGGAGCAGUAUGUGGCGGCAUUCUCCAACCUAGCGAAGGAAUCCAACACCAUCCUCCUCCCAUCCAACACUGGGGACAUCAGCAGCAUGGUCACCCAGGCUAUGGGUAUAUACAGCACCUUAGCGAAACAAACCGUAAACGCCUCCGAGAUCAGAGAAACAGAAGCUCAGACGGCGGCUUUGGAGAAACCAGCAGAAAACAAUCACCAGCCACCGCAGUACAGUUAAUGCAGAACCAGCUCAAGAGAAACAACAACACAGCCUUAGAAUUGUUCUCAUUUCAGUUCUUGAAGUGUCUUUGCAAGAGGUUGAGGAGACAGUAUUGGUGUCAUUUUUUUUUUAUUUUUGUUUUCUGGAGGAAGUCUGGCCGUAUGGUUGGAGCUGGGAGCACACAGGAGAUCUUUGUUUUUCAAAAGCCCAGAUCAGCCACAGUAUGACAUCAAGAAGGGGAGCCCCUCGGUUCCCUUUGUCCCUCUCGGAGGCCCUGGGAUUUGGAAUAAGUAAAACCCCACUGGGUGUUUGACUAUCCACAUACAGGAGACUCCAUUUAAAAGAUGUAUUUACACACUGUUUGGUGUCCUUGGUGUCCAGCAGUUUCCAAAUACCAGGGCUUUCCGCUAAAUGCACCUUUCUUUUUAACCUCAAGUGUUGAGUCACUUAUCGUUGUGAUGUCGCCUGCUUUACACAGGUGAAGGGAACACUUUAAAAGAAAGUCCAUUAAAAUUGCAUUUUGAAGAUAUUUUAUUAUUUACAGUCUUAUAGCCCCAUACUCAUUUUCUCAAACAUAUCAAUCACAAAUACUGUAGAGGGUGCAGAGACACAUCCUGUUAAUAUUCUGAACUGAACUGUCUGUUUAUUCAGUUCACAGACGCUAGCUCCCUGCAAAUGUGCUCUUCCCAAGAUGUGUAUUUGGUUCAAUACUGCGGCUCAGUGUGGCUGAUAAUAGUCCAGUCUUUGCCUUAAAUUAAGACCUAAAUAUUAAUUUAAGACCGUACUCGCCACCUCUGAAACGUGUGGAAUGUCUGUGGGAAGUUCUACCUAAAAUCAAGUAAAAUACUAAUUACAGUUUCAGUAUAAACCUGGUUCACUUCAGUACACAAUUCAGUGUAUUAGUCCACAUUGUUUUUUUUCUUUUCUAUAUUAACCUGUAAUGCCAGAUAUUUUUCCAGCUGGUGUGCUGAUUGAGUGGGUCCAGGCAGAUACAUUGUCUCUUUAAACAGGGCUUGUGUUAAAUUAUACAUCUUGCUGUAUUUAUAAGGCUUUAGUUAUCCAUCCCUGUGUUAUGAAAAUUUACAAAAACAUUUCUUACAAAACUUUUUAAUUAAACUGAUCAAUGUGGAAUGUUCUUCCUGGAUUGUGCAAAACUAUAAUAUACCAAGUUUGAAUUGAAUUACUCAUUCUUAAUUGCUUCCUCCCUCCCCUCCCCCUCCUUUCAGUUUCUCAUAAACUUCCACAGUAUUCUGGUAUCCAUGUUUUCCUGCAUCAUAUAUAAAUGCCACCUCAGACUUGAUGUACACGGAGCGUUGCUCUAGAAUCUCCUUGCAUCAGUGUGUAUGGCUUUAGUCUUUCAAUUGCAAAUGCAUCAGUAAUGUCUUAGAUAGACGAGGGCUCAUUCUACCACACUACAAUGUCAGCUUGGGAGGUUUUCUGUAAAAAGUAGCAUGUAAGUCAACUAAGACUAAGGAAUUCACACUUAUAGCCACUUCCUGACCCCUGGAGGUGGCAAGACAAAAGCCUUUUUUGCACCAGCAAACAACACACAACAGAUCCUAAUUGAUGUCCCAGGUGCUGUUAAUGUGGAAGGGGAGACAUGGUUUGACUGGGACACCUGGGGGGGCUAUUCAAUUGAUAUUAUGUUUUGUUUUGUUUUUUUAAAAAAAAGUGGUAUUUGUCUAAAUCACCUAUUUUAAGAAUGUAAAUGUACAUCAUAACUCUUUAAAGAUUGAAGGAGGCUGUGUGGUCCAGUGGUUAAAGAAAAGGGCUUAUAACCAGGAGGUCCCCGGUUCAAAUCCCACCUCAGCCACUGACUCAUUGUGUGACCCUGAGCAAGUCACUUAACCUCCUUGUGCUCCGUCUUUCGGGUGAGAUGUAAUUGUAAGUGACUCUGCAGCUGAUGCAUAGUUCACACACCCUAGUCUCUGUAAGUCGCCUUGGAUAAAGGCGUCUGCUAAAUAAACAAAUAAAUUAUAAAAAUUGAAGUCACUAGAAAA